CUGCAAAAGUUAACCGACAUUUGACCUGUGAACAACACGACACAACAAAACACAAAAAAUCCUCUAAACUCCUUCAAUUGAUAGCUUAACUGUGAAGUGGCAAGAAAUAUUCUGUCAUUGGCAAGUGAAGAAAAAAAUAUAAAAAAAAACAAAAAUUCGAGAAGGCGAAUUUGAACUGGUUGCAGUUGCUCGCCCGAAAUUGGUUUCAAUUCAAACGAAAAGUGUUUUUGGAAUCGCAGUUUUUUGCAAAGUUUACAAGUUAAAUAAAAAUAAAAAUUUAUAGUAAAUUUUUGAAAAGUUAACAAACAAUUUGAAGAAUUAAACUCGGGUUUCAAAAUUAAAUAAAACUACCCAGUCCAGUUUCGCUCCCAAAAAGACACACACACACUACCACAAUGAAGAAGUGUUUUGUCAGUCUCUUGAUGUUGGCCUGCUGUUUGAGUGUGGCCUUUGGUGAACACAACAACUACAAUGAAGAUGCGGGCGAUAAUGGCCAGGUGGCAGCCUCAGACGGUGUCAAUUCUUUGUUCAACACAAAUGUGGAUGCCAGUAGUGCCGACUCGGAUGUGGCCAAGGACAAUUUGGACAAGAGAGUGGAACGUUAUGCCUUCGGCCUGGGCAGACGUGCAUACACCUAUACAAAUGGCGGUAAUGGCAUCAAACGUCUGCCGGUCUAUAACUUUGGAUUGGGCAAGAGGGCCCGCCCCUAUUCCUUUGGUUUGGGCAAACGUUUCGACUAUGAUGAUUAUGAGCAAAUGGCAGAAAAUGCCAAUCUGAUGGCAGCCAGAGGUAUGUUGGCAGGAUUCGGAACUAUGAAUGAUGACAAACGCAAUCGUCCCUACAGCUUUGGUUUGGGCAAACGCUCCGAUGGUGGCCAAAGUUAUUCCCGGCCCUAUGGUUUUGGUCUGGGACGUCGUUAAGUGCCAGUGAGCAGUGUCUAGACUUCCAAGGGCUAGUUGAAGAAUAGUUCAAAGGAAAUUCCCCCGAAUGAUUUUUUUUUUUUUUUUUUUUUGAUUUUCUUUUGUUUCCAGCCAAAAUUUCCUUUGAAAUGUGACUUCAAACGCCAAGUCAUAUCAAGCAACCAACCAAUUAACCUGCAACACCCUCUACCAUAAAAGCAUAACCAAAGCAACAAUUCGGGAAUAUUCUAAUGGAGAUAGUUUCAUUUGAAGGGAUAACAAACAACAAAAAUAAAAACUGAUGAAUUCUAAGGCAGCCAAAAAUAUUAAUUAUUUAUAAUAAAAAAUAAAUUAAUGUUAAUAUAAAAAAAAUACUAAAGAAAAUAAAAAUUCCAAGAAUUUAUUUUUUCUUGUUUCAUGAAAAAAAAAUUAUUAAAAGAAAUAUUUUUAGGUGUAGCCUCCUUAUUUUUAGUUGUAAAAGAUUGAGUGUCAUUUGCAAAACAUUAUCAAUAAUAAACUGCAUCAAAUAAAAUUUACAAAAAAAAUCCUUAAAAAAAUCGAUGUCAAUGUUUCAAAACAAUUAUUUAACAAACACACUUAUGUAUUUAUAUAUAUAAAAUCAACAGAAAAUAUGUAACCACACAAUUUAGAAAAAUUAAAUCUAAGUUCAGUUAAAUUAAAAAAAAAAACACAAAAAAUAUUAAUUUUAGCCAGUAAAAAUAAAAUAAAAAAACUAAAUGUGUUAUCGGUGUCAUUCGAGCAAAACAAAAAUAUAAAGAAACAAUAAAAAAUAAAUAAAUUAUAAAAUUACUAAGUCGUUUCCGGAGGAAAUCCCAAAGCAAGUAGACGAAGAAUCAGAAACUGUCCUCAACGCUUGUGCAUUCGCGGUUUAUUGUCAACAGAGCCAACAAAAAACAAGAAAAAUAUAAUUUAAUAAAAAAAAUUUCCUUCACCCCCUUUGAACCUGGAAGACAAACUAGUCGCCAACUUCCUAUCAUUGAAAGCCGCCCCAAAACUCCACAUCCUACUUUUUUCCGCCUUUCUAAAUAAAAAAAAUAUAUCUUUAACCUUAUUUGCUGUCUCUUCUAAGAAAACUGACUAACAUGUCAACGAAAAUCAACAACAACAACAAAUAAAUAAAUGAGUUUUGUAAAUAAAAUGUCUAACAUUCAUGUACUAUACAACAAGAAAAAUAUCAACAACAACAAAUAAAUAUAUACCAUAAAAGAAUAAAAAAUGUAAACAAAAAUAAUAUAUUGAAAUAUCAAUAAAAUAUAUAUUAUCUCAA